AUGGUGCGACGUACGGUAUCUUAUCCUCAUCUCCGUCGUCCCCUUAAAGCAUCUCCGUUACGCAUCUCCGUAACGAAUCUGUUCCUCGUACAGGCGAGUCUCUUGAUAAUCGUACCGGAGUCAGAGCUUCGCUCAGGAGGCGCAGACGUCAUGGAAACGCAUCAAUAUUCUGCUCCACCUGCCAUUCCCCCAGCUGCGACGUUUGAGCCGUCUCAAGAUGUCAUGGCAGCGGAUCAGUCUUCUGCUGGAGCCGCCACUCCCCUAGAUCCUUCCGCCUCUCCUGCAGAUCCUUCCGCCACCCCUCCAGCAGCUUCCGCCACUCCCCCAGAUCCUUCCGCCACUCCCUCAGAUCCUUUCGCCACUCCUGCAGCGCCUUCCGCCAUUCCCCCAGCGCCUUCCGCCACUCCCCCAGCGCCUUCCGCCUCUUCCCCUUCCGAGUUCCUCUCAGCGCCUUCCUCGACCCCCCCAGCUCCUUCCGCCAGUCCCCCAGCGCCUGCUGCGCCGCCGUUGGCGGAGGCAGAGGGUGGAGGGCAGGGUCAGGAUGAGGGGCAGAGUCAGGGGCGAGAGGAGGCGGAGCGGGGCGGAGAGGAGGGAGGAGGAGGAAAAGAGACGCAAUCGGGCGGGGGUCAGGGGCAGGGGCAGGGCGGGGGAGGAGAGGCGGCGGAGAGCUGGUACAAGAUAAAGCGCGUGUCGUUUCUGGGGCGACAGCAGGUGCCUAUCGUCAUGCAAAACGACAAUGGGCCCUGCCCCCUUCUCGGUAUUGCCAACGUGCUGCUGCUCCGCAACGCCAUCUCCCUCCGCCCCAGCGCUACCGAGAUCUCCCAGUCGGACCUGCUGUCUCUGGUGGCACACCGACUGCUGGACAGCAACACAGGCAUGGAGGGCCGCUCUGCAGAGUACAUAACCAACCGCCAGCAGAACGUGGCUGACUGUAUGGCUCUGUUGCCGCGCCUCGCCACGGGGAUUGACGUCAACGUGCGCUUCACAGGCAUCCAUGCCUUCGAGUUCACACCAGAAACAGCCAUCUUCGACCUGCUGGACAUCAGCCUCGUGCAUGGGUGGCUGGUGGACGCGCAGGUAUGUUCAGCUGAGGGGAGGAUGCAUGGUGCCAUCUUCGACCUGCUGGAUAUAAGCCUCGUGCAUGGCUGGCUGGUGGACGCGCAGGUACGUGAUGCCACAGCAGCAGCAGUGGGCUCUCUCUCCUACAACAGCAUUGUGGAGCGCCUCGUCAUCCUGCAGGCCUCACUAGCGCCGAAACCCCUCUCAACCACUCAUAACCCCCCUAAACCCAUCCUACAGGAUUCAGCGACAGCAGCAGCAGUGGGGUCCCUCUCCUACAACAGCAUUGUGGAGCGCCUUGUUGCCCUGCAGGCCUCUGAAUGCCUUCUGAAACACUUCCCCCCCCCUUCACCUCAGGACUCGGCAACAGCAGCAGCAGUGGGGUCCCUCUCCUACAACAGCAUUGUGGAGCGCCUUGUUGCCCUGCAGGCCUCUGAAUGCCUUCUGAAACACUUCCCCCCCCCCUUCACCUCAGGACUCGGCAACAGCAGCAGCAGUGGGGACUCGGCAACAGCAGCAGCAGUGGGGUCCCUCUCCUACAACAGCAUUGUGGAGCGCCUUGUUGCCCUGCAGGCCUCUGAAUGCCUUCUGAAACACUUCCCCCCCCCUUCACCUCAGGACUCGGCAACAGCAGCAGCAGUGGGGUCCCUCUCCUACAACAGCAUUGUGGAGCGCCUUGUUGCCCUGCAGGCCUCCCACCCCGACCUCGCUGCUGCACUGCUGGGCGGGGGAGGGGGAGGGGGAGCGGGAGGGGGAAGCGGGGAAGGGAGAGUUGGGGGAGUAGGGGGUGGGGAGAGGCUAGGGGAAGGGAGAGAGGGAGGGGCGGCUGGGGAAGGAGGGGAUGUGGGAACAGCAGGGAGUGGUGGGGGGGAGGAUGGGGGGAAACAAAGUGAGGGAAGAAGAGAGGGGGUGGGGGAAGCACGUCUAGGAGAUGAAGGGAAUGAGGGGGAGGGGGAGGGGGAAGUGACAGCAGCAUCCCUGGCUGAGUCUCUUGCCUCUCUUCUCCUUUCCAAACCUCUACCAGUCUCCAAACCGUCACCAGUUUCCGAGCCUGUGCCAGCUGCUUCCGAGCCUCGUCCAGCUUCCGAGCCUGUUCCGGCAUUUGAGCCUGCGUCAGCUUUCGGGCCUCGUACACCUUCCGAGCCUCUUUCUGCCUCGGCUUCCCGAGCCUGUGCUGCUGCGGAAGCGACAAGCGGGGAGGGCAGUGAGAGGGAUACAGAGGGAGAAAGUUUAGAGAGAAGACAGAUGGGUGGUGAGGGGUUGGAGGCGGGAGAAUGUGGUGCAGAGUCGAGGCAGGGGAGUGGGGCUGCUUCUUUCCUAGAGAGGCCUGCUGAAGAGAAGGAGGGCGUGAAGGAGAAUCAGCUCUGUGUGUUUUUCCGCAACAACCACUUCAGCACUCUCUUUAAGCGCUCCAACCACAUCUAUCUGCUGGUCACUGACCAAGGCUAUUUGAACCAACCAGGCGUUGUGUGGGAGAGGCUGGGCCAGGUGGAGGGAGACACCACGCUCUGUGAGGCUGACUUCACUCCCUUUGCUCCUCCACCAUCGCUCGGGGGGGAGGGGGCUGCUGGGCAGUGGACGCAUGAGGACGAUGCUGCCAUUGCUGCUGCCGCCGCUGCUGUGAGUCGGGGUAGGGGCAUGUGUGAGGCUGUGAGUAUGAGCAGCUGUCUCUGUGAGUAUGACUGGGCCAGGUGGAGGGAUCGCGACACCACGCUCUGUGAGGCAGAUUUCACUCCCUUUGCUCCGCCCCCGUCGCUCGGGGGGAAGGGGGCUGCUGGGCAGUGGACUCAUGAGGACGAUGCUGCCAUUGCUGCUGCUGCCGCUGCUGUGAGUCGGGGUAGGGGCAUGUGUGAGGCUGUGAGUAUGAGCAGCUGUCUCUGUGAGUAUGACUGGGCCAGGUGGAGGGAUCGCGACACCACGCUCUGUGAGGCAGAUUUCACUCCCUUUGCUCCGCCCCCGUCGCUCGGGGGGAAGGGGGCUGCUGGGCAGUGGACUCAUGAGGACGAUGCUGCCAUUGCUGCUGCUGCCGCUGCUGUGAGUCGGGGUAGGGGCAUUUCCGACCUUCAGUUGGCCCUGAUGUUGCAGCAGCAGGAGGUGGAAGCAGCAGAGAGGCAGCAGGCAGGGGGGAGGGGCAAGGGAAUGUGCAAACGACGAUCCUUAUUUCACCCCUUUACACCUCUUCCCUUUUUCUGUUACUUUCCCGCCCCCUGUACCAGUUCUGACCUUCAGCUGGCCCUCAUGCUGCAGCAGCAGGAGGUGGAAGCAGCGGAGAGGCAGCAGGCAGGGGGGAGGGGGAGGGGCGGAGGCAGGGGGGGGAGAUCAGGGGGAGUGGGGCAGGUGCGCAGUGAAGGGGGUGGGGGCAGGGGGGGAAGCGGGGGAGGCGCAUGGGGGCAAGGGGGAGGGGCGUGGGGGCGGGAGGGAGCAGUGGGGGGGGCAGCAGGGCCAAUAGAUGUGAAUCAGUUAGGGGGGAGGGGGAGGGGGAGGGGGCGAGGGGGGAGGGGAGAGGGGCGAGGAGGAUCAGGAGUGAGGAGCGAAGGUGGUGGUGGUGGGAGGGAGAGCGGCAGUGGGUGGGGCAGCACAUGGGAAGCAGCAACUGGCCUCAUAUUCGGCAGCAGCACCCACCCAAGAUCUCCCUCGCACCGCACCACACCGCAUCAGACCGCCUCCCCGCCAACCCCUCAGAGCAGGGGGCAGCGCAGGGGCGGAUCAACGCAGAGUGACUGCUCCCUCAUGUGA